CCGGCUGGGAGGAGGGACCUAGCCUAGCCAGUCGUGUGCUACGUGCAAAAUCGUUUAAAUUGUAGCUAAGCUAGCUCGCUAACAGUUAACUACAAAAACAAUCCGGCCAUCAACUCAUAUAAAAUCGGCGGUGACACAGACAGAAGACGCGUAAAGAGAAGCUGGUGUUCAGUCACAGACUGGGACUAUUUUUACGACUCGGUUAGCUGUUACUAGCCACCCAGAAAUGUUCACGUAGGUUUAUAGCAAGCUAGCUAAAUUGAUUCAAAUCGGCUCUGAUUGCAGCCCAGCAAUUAAAAUCAAGUUUACCGAUCAGCGGCUCAUGUCUUUAUAUAUCCAUGCGUGUGCUGAAUUUAGCUAGGUUUGUUGUAUUUUUGACACAGUUCAGAAUAUAUUAAUAGGUACCUGGUUGAGUAAUAGCAAGCUGUAUUACUUUACACCGACAGCCAAGGGAAAAUAAACGUGGGAGCCGAGAGAUAUUGCAUAUCCAUGAGCUCAGACUUCCAGCACUACAGCUUCAGAAUGCCGAAUAUAGGGUUCCAGAACCUGCCCCUCAAUAUCUACAUCGUCGUCUUUGGAACCGCCAUAUUUGUCUUCAUCCUCAGCCUGCUCUUCUGCUGCUACCUCAUCAGGUUACGGCACCAGGCGCAUAAGGAGCUGUACGCCUAUAAACAGGUUAUACAGAAGGAAAAGGUCAAAGAGCUGAAUUUGCAUGAGAUAUGCGCCGUGUGCUUGGAGGAGUUCAAACAGAAAGACGAGCUGGGGAUAUGCCCGUGCAAACACGCCUUUCACAGGAAGUGCCUGAUUAAGUGGCUGGAGGUGCGGAAGGUGUGUCCUCUCUGCAACAUGCCGGUGCUGCAGUUGGCCCAGCAGCAGAGUAGCACAGAGGCACAGGGUCCCACUCCACAGCCCCUGCCCGGGGUGGAAAACCUGGUGUAGCGCCCCCAGCUGGCGUCCCGCGGCCCAGCCCUGUACAGGUACACUCGCGCGUGAGCGGACGGGCAGGAGGGGAGAUGUCGCUAUGCAGAGACCCGCGCCGCGCUCGCCCGCCUCUUCCCUCUCCCUGCUGCCUCGCUGGAUUCACAGAGGAGCGUCUUUUUAAUCACGCUUAUUUUUAAAACAAACUUUUUUUUUCCUGUUUUUGUGGACACUGAAGAAGAAUCCGUUUCCUCGUCGGCCGAGCUGUGGUCAUCGUGACCGUUUUCACAACCAAAGCACUUUUUUUUUUUUUUCUUGGGACACCAGCACAUGUGAACAGAAGCAUAACAUAAAAAAAACAGGAAGACAAACGGCAAAAGUUUAACGGCUGCGUUUUUUCUUUUCAAGAGAGCAUUUUUAUUUUUUUAACAAGCACUUUAUAAGGACUUAACCCUAAUUGCUUGUGAAGGUAGUAGCAAGAUCAUAUUUUGUAUAUCAACAUUAUGAUUAAUUUUAUUUUACUUUCAUUUGUACAGAGCCACCGCAUUUUCACUUUAACUACGAGAGAUGUUAAAAAUUUUUCUAAAAGGGAUAGCUUUUCAAGGAUGGAAUACAGUCAGGAAGGUGGGGAGGCUUCUUGGGUAGCCACAUGGUCGUGCGACGCCAUGUUUAUGGAGUUGAAGGAGGUGGCUUGGCUCAGAAGGGGCGGGAACUUGGAUUGGAAGGGGCAGGGCUUCCUUCUCUGGGAGGCUGUAUCCCACUAAUGUGAAUUUGAUGGCUGAGGGGAGGUGGCAGUGGCCCAUGCAGAACCCCCACCAGCACUAACCCCAGAUUCUCCUCAGAGCUUCUACUUUCUCUCCCUCUCUCUCUUCCCCCGUCACUGAAGAGUCUUUUCGGGUGCAGACUCCCCCACUUCAUGUUGUAAACCCAGAGCAGCAGCCUUGGCCGGGUGCAUACUUGUGUUCUGAAAAAUGUG